AUGAAUAAAGAAAAUCAAAAUUCAAAAAUUGACUUCAACGAACAAGUUAUUCUUAAUUCAAGCCUAAACACACAAAUUUUUGAUAAAAUCUUCAUUUCAGACCUAAUAAAGCUUGAAUAUACUAAAGAAAUUGAUUUCAAAGUUGUUUCGCUCUAUAUUAAGUAAUCUAUAUCUAGGCAUAUAAAGCAAAAUCACUUUCAAUUUUCAGAAGAAAUUCCCAAGGAAAUUGAUGAUUUAAGCGUAAAUCAAAUUUUGGUGCUUAAAGAAUGAAUCUUGAUUCAUAUUGAAAUAAGUGAGGGAAAUAAAAAGGUAACAUUAAUUUCAAACGAGAAAAGGAUAGAUGAAGAAAAGGCAAAUAUUAUAAAUCUCUUGGAAAAUUUCAACAGUAUAAAAUUUAAAGAAAUUUCUCUAGAAAAUUCCUCAGAAUUUGCUUGUAACUUUGUCACAACUGCAAGAAACUACUUAAAAGAUCCAAAGUCAUCAAUUGAUCAGCUGAUAAUUAAGAAAAAUCCCCAAAUAGUUAUUGAAGAACUUAUUAAUUUUGUCUACAGCAUAUCCAAGAUUCCUGCAAAAAGACUAUUAUUCCUGAUUCAAGAAGCAAGAGAACUUGCUUUCCACUCAAAAGAUUCUGAAUUAGAUCACUCAAAUUUAUCAUUAUCUCCAAAUACUGAUGAAGACAUCAUCCCCGCUUUCGCAAGGCGAGAAAGAGCUUCUCUAAAAUCAUCACAAUUGCCUAUUAAAGAAAUCACCAAUACAAUAAACAAUAAAUCAAAAGAAAUAAAAUAUUUUCAUGAAAUCAAAAGCAAGCCCUUCAUCCCUCAAUUAAACACAGAUUUAAUAAACGAAGAGUCAAGCAUCGCGAUAACAAACCGAGAAAGCGUUCAGAUAUCAUCAAUGACUUCUAGAACCCAAAGAAGUAACAGCUAUGACUUCAAAAGUGACGAAAUCGAUGAGCUCAGAAUUGAUCCUUUUGAACUUGAAUAUUCGGCUUCUGAAGAGCAAAGCAAUUUAUCGUUUAGGCUAAGCGGGACUAUCACAACUAAUUUUUCUGGUCUAGAAACUCUAUCAAAGCCCCAUCAAACUCCAGGAUCUGUAAGUAUGGGAUCAGUCCCUGAGUUUGUAAGAGAUUCUUAUUUGGAGUAUAGCGAGUCUCAGCAUGAUAGCUUAAAUGAUAGCUCAGUAUCAAACCAUUUUGACAGUGGCAAAACCAGGUUUAAUGAUAGCUUGACCAGAUUGAAUUCUCCAAGAGAAGGGGCUUAUACAAUCCAAGACAUUAAAAAGCAUUUUAAUUUGAAUGAUAUAAAAAUGUCGCUUGAAACUCAUGAUAAUACAUUUUAUAAGUCAGAAAUCACUGAGUUGGGGGACCGAGGGUUUGCAUAUAUGAACCAAGAAUUUGAAAUUAUGAACAGGCCAAUUAAGAGAGACCUGCCACAAUUAAUGGUGGAAAGAAAAGUAGUAUCAAGCUGCCAGUGCUCGAAAUGCUCUAUAUUUUAG